AGAGCCAAAGAUGUCGGCUCGGUCAUGUGAUCAAAUGUGUCCAAUCACAGCUGAUCACAUAGGGGACAAGUACACAGAUCAUCAGGGCGCUGAUGAUCAGUGUGCCCUGAUGAUCAGUGUGGCCCCAGAAGUGCCACCUGUCAGUGCUCAUCAGUGCCAGGUGCCAGUACCCAUCAGUGCCACAUCAAUGCCACAUAUCAGUGCAUACCAGUGCACAUCAAUGCCACAUAUCAGUGCCCAUCUGAGCUGCCUUUCAAUGUCACCAAUCAGUGCCAGUCAGUGCCACCUAUCAAUGCCAAUCAGUGCCACCUAUCAGUGCUGCCAAUCAGUGCCACCUAUCAGUGCCAGUCAGUGCUGCCUAUCAGUGUGCAUCAGUGCCGCCUAUCAGUGCCAUUCAGUGCUGCCUAUCAGUGCCACCUAUCAG